UCGAGUGCUGAGCUGCUAAGUGCCCAGAUCAGCAUCAGUGACUUCCUGCAGCAGCAUAUUAUUCCCUCAGGGCAGACUCCAGUAGUUGGUCGAUGGCGUCUGCUGAUCUGAGACAGGAGCUGAUCUGUUCCAUCUGCCUGAGCAUUUAUACAGAUCCUGUAACCCUGAGAUGUGGCCACAACUUCUGCCGGGGCUGUAUUGAUCGUGUGCUGGAUACACAGAAGGGGUCUGCAGUGUAUACCUGCCCUGAAUGCAGAGCAAAAUUUAAGAAAUGUCCUGCACUGCAGAGGAACAUAACGCUGUGUAACAUAGUGGGGAGUUUCCGGUCUUCUCAGCCUGAUCAGGGGGAGACUGGGAUCCUCUGCACUUACUGUGUGGACUCUCCUGUACUUGCUGCUAAAUCCUGUUUGCAUUGUGAAGCUUCUCUGUGUGAUAAACACCUGAGAGUACACAGCAAGGCAGCAGAACACGUCUUAUGUGAUCCCACCACUGCCCUGGGGAACAGGAAAUGCUCCGUCCAUAAGAGGAUCCUGGAGUUUUACUGCACUGAGGAUGCUGCCUGUAUCUGUGUGUCCUGCAGGUUGGAUGGAGAACAUCAGGGACACCAGGUGGAGUUGCUGGAUGAGGCCUAUGAGAAGAAGAAGGAGAAGCUGAAAGAUGCUCUGCAGAAACUGACCACAAAGAGAGCGGAGACUGAGAAAAGAGUCCAGAGUCUACAGGAGCGCAGGAAAGAAGAUCAGAGAAAAGCAGCUGGAAUAAAAGAGAGUGUCACUGCUUUGUUUAGAGACCUCAGGAGACAGCUGGAAGACCUGGAGAAGCGAGUCCUGUGUGAGAUAUCCAGUCAGGAACAACGCGUUUCACUCUCAGUCUCUGAUCUGAUCCAGCAGCUGGAAAUAAAGAAGGACGAACUGUCCAGGAAGAUGCGUCACAUUGAGGAGCUGUGUAACAUGUCUGACCCAUUGACUGUCUUACAGGACACAGGGGACUUGUGUGAUAAUGAGGGAAGAAAGAGGCAUCAUACACAGGUCCAUGGUGCAGGAGACCUUGAUGUGGGUCUCAUCUCAGAGACAACACGCAGAGGAUUAUCUAAUAUAAUAAGAGGUAUUAAUCUAUGUUUCUAUAUGCAGGACGCUACAGACAUAUUACUGGAUGUAACCACAGCUGGUAAUAAUAUAGAGAUAUCAGGUGACGGGAAAAUUGCAUCGGUGUCACUAAACCAAAGUCGUCCAGUAACACCAGAGAGAUUUCAGUGUGAUCAGGUAAUAAGCACCAGGGGAUUCCCCUCAGGACGACAUUACUGGCAGGUGGAUGUCAGUAAGUCAUUGUACUGGCGGGUGGGGAUGUGUUACCCCAGUAUUAGCAGAGGAGGACAUCAGUCAUACAUGGGCUACAAUAACAAGUCCUGGUGCCUGUGUAAGAGGGGGUUUAACCAGUACGCAGUGAUACAUGACAGUAGAGAGAUCCAGUUACCUGACAAUAUCCCCUGUGACACAGUGAGGGUAUAUCUGAAUUAUGAGGCAGGACAGCUGUCCUUUUAUUCUCUGUGUGACCCCAUUAGACACUUACACACCUACUCUGCCACAUUCACUGAGCCCCUCCAUGCUGCACUGUGUAUAUGGGGCGGUCGUAUAACUGUAUCUAAGGCCAUCAGGAGUCGAGAGAAAUUACCAUAAAGGGCCCUACACACUACCCGAACCUCACGAACGCCGAUAUUGGUGGUGGCGGGGACCCGUCGGGGGGGGGGGGGUGUCAGCAUCGGCAAGUGCAUACACACUUGGCGAUGUGGCUGGGACAGGCAGCAAAGGCAAGGGGGGGCAGCGGGGAACGACGGCUGUCAUUAACGAGGACCUCCCUCGUCCGUACAUGUUUGGACGAGGGAAGGGGUCGUUAACGAUGCGCGAGAGCGCGCAUCGUUAACGACAUUUAGUUUACACACUGGAUGAGAUUGUGAAAGGUCUCGCACAGAUCGGCCAUUCUGAGCGAGAACUUUCAAAAUCUCGUCUAGUAUGUAUGGGGUUUAACAGAUCUGCCCAGAGACCUGUGACAUCACAGGGAGGGUAAUCUGAUUGGGUGUAGUUAUCGGUCACAAUACCGACGCUGGAAUCCUUCAACCUCAAUAUGCCAACUAACAGGGACUAUUCCCACUCGUGGGUGUCCACGACACCCAUAGAGUGAGAAAAGAACCUGUGGAGAGCGCAGUUCCUAAUUCCCAGGGUCCCGGCGUCGGUAUGGUGUCUGGCAGGAUCCCAAGCGCCGGUCACCCAUACCCAAUCCAUCUGAUUGGGGGAACAUUUAGCCAAUGGAAUGAAACGGUGGGUAGAGCUACAGCUGAGCACCUCCCCCUGUGUAACCAGGUGACCAGUGUGCCUGGAUUUGUUCCCAUGUUGGGGUGCUAUGGCCCCCGUACAUCACAUAUAUAUUGGGGCAAUUUCCCAAUCCCCCAAGUGCCAAAAACGGUUGGGAUCAGCAUAUCAGGAAUUUUUAACGUGUUUAUUUUCUCUGAUUCCCCGAUGGAUCACCAAUCAUCGCUGCUGUGGAUCUGGUCGGCGGCUCGGUGAAUCGGGGAAACAGGUCACCUGAUGAAACAUUCAUUAUAAAUAUAUAUACAUUUCUGUGUCAGCCGGUGUGCACCUUAUUACUGCAGUCACUUGCUCCUAUUGGCUGUGAUAUUGGAAUAAUGUCUCUAUAGCUCCUCCUACUGGCUGUGAUAUCGAGAUAAUGUCUCUAUAGCUCCUCCUACUGGCUGUGAUAUCGAGAUAAUGUCUCUGUAUAGUUCCUCCUACUGGCUGCGAUAUAGGGAUAAUGUCUCUAUAGCUCCUCCUACUAGCUGUGAUAUCGAGAUAAUGUCUCUGUAUAGCUCCUCCUAUUGGCUGUGAUAUCGGGAUAAUGUCUCUGUAUAGCUCCUCCUACUGGCUGUGAUAUCGAGAUAAUGUCUCUGUAUAGCUCCUCCUACUGGCUGUGAUAUCGAGAUAAUGUCACUGUAUAGCUCCUCCUAUUGGCUGUGAUAUCGGGAUAAUGUCUCUGUAUAGCUCCUCCUACUAGCUGUGAUAUCGGGACGAUGUCUCUGUAUAGCUCCUCCUACUGGGAAUUAUAGUGUAAAACAAAAAUAAAAGAUUGGUUAGACUGCAACUACAA